CAUCGCGACGCUGCGAGCGAGAGUCUGCCGCCAGGCCGCCCGCCUGCGCCGAGCCGCCCGCGCGAUCACAUAUGUCGUCAGCCAGCUCCUCCUCAUUCUUCAUCGACCCCGUCGUCGCUCAUUCGCCGCGGCAAAAAAAGCGGCAGGCGCCGCGCUCGGACACUCCGCCGACCGAGUCUCGAGGGCUUGGCGAUCGCUUUGUGCCGCAGCGCUCCGCGAUGGACCUGGACGUGUCCAACUUUGAGCUGACGCGCGGCUCACGCGACGGGCAUGGCGGCGUCAACGCGUCGCCCGCCAAGGAGGAGUACAAGAAAGUGCUCGCGGCAAAGCUUUUUGGCGGGAGUGCGACCAACAAGGUCCUCUCCUUCAACGCGAAGCCGCCGCCGCCGCGGGAGGACCACCAGUCAUCGCUGCGCGUGCUCUUCACCCGCAACCGCGACGCCGGCCUGCUGCCCAAGAAGUACUCGCGCCACAUCCCUCAGGCGCCCGAGCGGAUCCUCGACGCGCCAGAGCUGCUCGACGACUACUACCUGAACCUGCUCGACUGGAACGAGCGCAACGUGCUGGCGGUGGCGCUGGGCGACUCGAUCUACCUGUGGAACGCCUCGGACGGCUCCAUCCAGCAGCUCAUGCAGACGAGCGGCGACAACUCGCACGUGACCUCGCUCGCGUGGGUGCAGGACGGGCCGGGGGGCGAGGGGCGGUACAUGGCGGUCAGGCUGGAGCAGCACCGCGCCGCCGUCAAGGCCCUCGCGUGGUGCCCGUGGCAGCGGAACCUGCUCGCCUCGGGCGGAGGCACCGCCGACCGGAUGAUUCGCUUCUGGAACUCGUCGACCGGCGCGUGCCUCAACGCGGUCGACACGCACUCGCAGGUCUGCGCGCUUCAGUGGGCGAAGCACGACCGCGAGCUCGUCUCGUCGCACGGCUACUCGCACAACCAGCUCAUCCUGUGGAAGUACCCGUCGAUGGUCAAGGUGGCCGAGCUGACGGGGCACACCUCGCGCGUGCUCCACAUGGCGCAGUCGCCCGACGGCACCACCGUCGUCACCGCCGCGGCCGACGAGACGCUCCGCUUCUGGAAGAUCCUCUCGGGCGGCGAGGCGUCCAAGAAGGAGCGAGCCGCCGCAAAGGAGUCGAUCCUCAACUCGAUGACCAUCAGGUAGCCGGCGCCGCGUCAGCACGGGACCCUAUACCUUGUCUGUCAUGUGUGUGUGCGCCGCGUCGUUGGGAAGGGGGAGGGCUCGGGGGCCUCGCCUUGUACGUGGUGUGUGUAGUCUUCUCAGCCAGAGCCUCUGUCCAUGUCGAUUGUCGUGUCGUCGCUUUUGCACUUUGUCGCUGGAUAAUCCCGCGAUAUCCUGAAACACA